AGUGAAAACACGUCCUCCUGGCUCCCACAUGCCUCGAGGGCAUGAGAGACUCCAGCUUCCCUUUCCUUGACUUCAUCCAGCGCUAGAAUAGGAGUGAGGGAGCAGAGCUUCUGAAGAAGAAUCAGCAGCUUAAAGAGAGAAUCAGAACAGGGAGCAGCACCUGCAACUUCUGGGAAGACACUUAUUUGGGGGGUGAAAUUGGCAUGGAGGUUCAGAUAGGGUGGAACUAAUUGGGGGAGAUCAGGGCUGCAUGUGUUGGUGGUGAGCAGAUGAGUUCACUGGAGGGCUUUGUGUUUGGGAGGGAUCCAAGACAAGUUAAAUAGUGUGUGUGCAAUGGGGAAGCAAAUUAAUUUAUUUGGUGUGUCUCAGUAUAUGGGGAGAAGGGGGCAGAUGAAUUCACUGAGGGAGUCAGGUGAAUUCAUUGUGGGGUCUUUGUGUAGGGACAAAUAAAUUAAUUGAGGAGAACUUAUAGGGAGCAAAUUAAUUAGGGAAAUCUCCAUAUUUAUUGGAGGUAGCAGAAUUGAUUGUUUUGAAGGGAAGGAUGAGAGAGUGAGGGAAACAGAAGAAUAUAGAAUGAGGAAAAGUGGAGGCAAGCACAGGAGUGAAACCGGGGGUGCAGGGUGCACUGCGCUGGUGGUAGCUGUGGUUGCAAGGAAGUUAGAACUUACCAAAGCUGAAAAACAUGUGCAUAAUUUCAUGAUGGAUACCCAGCUAACUAAAAGAGUGAAAAAUGCAGCUGCCAAUGUACUCAGGGAAACAUGGUUAAUUUAUAAAAAUACAAAGCUGGUUAAAAAGAUAGACCAUGCAAAAGUAAGGAAACAUCAACGCAAAUUCUUGCAAGCUAUUCAUCAAGCUCGGAAAUUACGAAGUGUAAAAAUGGAGCAAAGGAAACUGAACGAUCAAGCAAACACUUUGGUGGACCUGGCAAAGACUCAAAACAUCAUGUACGACCUAAUUUCUGACUUAAAUGAAAGAAGUGAAGAUUUUGAGAAGAGGAUUGUUACUCUGGAAACUAAACUGGAAACUUUAAUUGGUAGCAUUCAAGCUCUCCCAGGACUGAUUAGCCAGACAAUCAGCCAACAACAGAGGGAUUUUCUAGAAGCUCAGAUACAAAAUUAUGACAAGCAUGUUGCCUACAGUGCUGAGAGAUCACGAUCUUUGUCAAGACGGAGAUCCUCCUCCACAGCACCACCGACUUCGUCAGAGAGUAGCUAGAAGAGAAUACGUUAACCACAAAAUAAAGACUUUUUGCCAUCAUAUGGUCGAUAUUUUAGCUUUUAUUGUAAAGCCCUAUGAUUCUAAUCAGUGUUAUCUUGGUUCUGAUGUCAGAAUCCUGGAAACCUGAACACAAAGUUUUAGGCCAAAAUGAGUGAGAACUUUUUUUUUUCCUGUCAGAUGCACAGUGAAUGCACCUAUUAUUGCUAUAUAGAUUAUUCCUCCUGUAAUUUCACUAACUUUUUAUUCAUGCACUUCAAACAAACUUUACUAUUGCAGUAUAUAAUAUAAUAAAAAGAUUAA